CUGUUCCCUAAACCCUGCUGAUUCUGCCACAGGUUGCCGACUACCAGCAGCCAUGGAAUGAAUCAACAUGGCGGACGCUAGAGGAGAUGUGUCUGCCCCCAACUACGAUUCUGAUCUUCUUUCCAGUCAACAGGAUGCAUCGGGUCAAACCUCAAUAGGGAAUUUAGCGAAAAUUGCUGCACAGAACAGGAAACCCAAACUCCCUCACUGGACGUCCUUAAUUGAUUGUCAGGAUGGGUCAUUGCUGGAGCAGGUGGAGAUAUGUGUGACAGAGCAAGAAAAGAGAACUGGGGCUGGUACCAUGGGCAUGAAGGAUGUCUUCACGGUGUACCUGGUGGAAACCAGGGUGAAGGAAAGUGGUGGCCAGGGCCUUGGUGACGGACACACCUCUCUCUGGAGGAGAUACAGUGAGUUUGAGCUGCUGCGUAACUACCUGGUUGUCACCUACUCCUAUGUGAUUGUCCCCCCACUUCCGGAGAAGAGGAUGACACUGAUGUGGCAGCAACUGAGCACAGUGGACAACUUUGACGCUGACUUCAUCGAGCGGCGGAGGGUGGGGCUAGAGGGCUUCCUGCAACGGGUGGGGGCCCACCAGACCCUGUGCCAAGACAGCAUCUUCCAUGGGUUCUUGAAGCAGGAGGACGGGUGGAAGGAAGCGGUGCAUUCCACAGGAUUCCAAGCAAAGCUGCCAGUUGGAUCUGUAGAAACACAGCAAGAUUCCAGAUUAAAAAGCCUGAAUGCGUCCUUUCGUCUGAAGAAACCAGACAGAAAAUUUGAAGAUCUGAAGAACUAUGCCAGUGAACUGCAAGCUAACAUCACAGCCGUGCUGAAAGUCAGAGCAAAGCUGGUGGACAGGCUGUAUGGCAUACACAAGAUCCACGGCAACUAUGGCCGAGUCUUCAGCGAGUGGAGCGGCAUCGAGCAGGAGAUGGGGGAUGGACUGCAGAGUGCUGGCCACUUCAUGGAUGCGUACAAGGACUACAUCGAUGACUACAUGAAUGAAGAGGAGCAGAUAGCUGAUCAGCUCAAGGAGUACAUCUACUUUGCUGAUGCACUCAAAUCUGUCUGCAGGAAGCAAGAGGUCCUGCAGUACGAAAUGGAGAAGGCAAGUGACUUGCUCACUGCCAAGAAACUACAGAGAGAUCAAGUUCUGGGUAAUGCACCCAGCAAAUCAUUUUCCUUCCGAGGGAUGAGAUCAAAGAUAUUUGGGCCGGAGAGCCAAGAAUCGAAGGACGCUCAGAUCAAGGUGCUGGAAGAGCAGAUAGAGGAGUGCGAGCAGCACCUCAAGCAAGCAACACAAGAAACAGAAAGGUUCAUUGAAAGUGCUUCAGCGGAGGUGGAGAGGUUCAAGAAACAAAGGACAACUGACUUGAAGGAAAUUUUCAUCAACUAUGCCAUUUUGCAAAUCAAAAUAUCAAAGAGGGGAAUUGCAGUGUGGACCAACAUGAAAGACUGUUUCCAGAAGAUGUGAUUCCAAGCAAGUACUGCCAGAAAUGCCUCUAAAGUUACUCCAGUUGCCAUGUUUCCUGCACUCAAGAUAUGUGGUUAAUAGCUGGUCCAUAGCUUCCUUAAAAGCUGGGGUCCGAUUUCAGCAAAUUCAGAUGCUUCUCAAAAUCUUGUCAUGAACAGUGUACAUGUACAUCACAGGUGCAUUUGGCCGUAACUGCACGUUUAUGCUAAGCAGAACUCUAGUCUAGGCUGAGCGGAUUGGCUGCUUAGUAGCUGUGCAUAAAAGCAAGUUCGAUAUUCAGACAGCAGAUGCUAAAAGUGAAGCGUAUUGUAGGUCAUUAGAGGUCAGCCCUAUCAGGGUGACAUCAGUUCUCAAAUGAUCCUAAUUGUCCUUUCAAAAUACCCAACUGCCUCAUCGGCCUUCCAUCCACAUGCUCUACUCUGGAGAAAUGUGUACCAGCUUUGUGCGUACAGUGUUAUGCGUUACCCACCCUAUGAGUAUUAGUAGUUACAUUGCCCGUAAAUGCUAUCAGUGUACAGAGUCGAUGAAAUCGACUUGUGUUGCCUAUUUGUAGAGUUGGUAUAGCUGAUUAAAUCAGCCGGAAGUGCUUUCCAGAGAGUAUAAAAGAUGUAUACACUGUUGUUGCACUGUCCUUUCAGACCAGUGCCUGACUUUUUUCAAAUUGUUGUCAGUAAUUAUGUCAGAUUACCUGCCUUUUAAAAGUGGUGGAGGAAAUAUGGACACUUUCAGCUUCAAAGACGCACGGAGCACGCAAAGUACAUGCAACAUGUCAGUGUCUUCUCACGAUAAGAAGUCGGUUGGUUGUUAAAGAGAAUCAGAGUUAUCGCCCAUGUUGAAAGUUUUUCAAGCAUGUCUUUGCAGUCAUUGUGUAAAUCCCAGUGUUGAAAUAACAAUUUCUUAUCUGCUGAUUACACCAAAACUACAAAACAAAACUUUUUGCACCAUUUAAAAUGUUCUCAAUUAUGCAUGUCUGCUGGAGAAAUACUUCACACCACUUAACAUUAAUGACAAAGCGGUCUCUUAAUUUAUCUAAAAAGAAUUCCAGUUAGUUGUUUAUUUGGUACUUGGCUUGAAACUGAUUUACAUAAUACCCUGAACAAAAUGUGACAUUAUUUCUUUCUCUUUUGGUUUGAGGGCAAGGCAUGUCUGAUGGAAUUUUUUCAUUUUUAUUGGUCAGUUUAUUUGGGCCAAAUGCAGUCUGCUGUAUGGUUUAUUUUUAUUUGAUAAUGAAACUUAAAAAAUUCCUCACAUUUUGGAGGUUCUAUUGAAAUUUAGUUAAAAAAUGCUUUAUCAUUCUUUUGUAAUGACUUCUUGAGGUACUAAAUUUAAAUUAUUUGAAAGGAAUGUCAAUGCCAAUAUUUAUGAUUCUUUUAUCAGUUGUACAUGGACUUUGAGUAAAAGGGGGAAACCAGAAAACAAUUUCAAACUCUGCAGGGGUACAAAAAAGUAGUGUAGCUGAUCAUUCUCCACAUACACAUUUACUGCCUCUAGUUGGAUAAUCUUUUGUUUUUCUUUUUUACAUUUCAUACAUAUUUAUAAGUAAACAUGCCCUUUCCAGUGGUCAGUAUUUAAACAUUUCAUGGACGUGAAACUGAUGUAACUGACUCGAGGAAUGCCACAACCUGCGCUGGCAUACAGAUUGGUACUCUAUCCACAGAUUGAUACUCAACCCAGGCAAUACUGUAUUCAACUAGUGAUCACACAUUUUUUUAGCCUGAAGCUAGACUCGUCAGGCAUAUGUGUGAAUGUUUCUGUUACCCUGCUAUAGAAGUGCUCAUCUUCCAGUGACUGGCCGCUGUUUCAAAAGAUGUUCUUCUAAAACCUUGGCCUUGACAGCUUCUUUAGGGAUCAGUUUUCCAGUUGUAUGAGGUGCGAAAUGCAAUAAGUUUAACCUUUUUAUUUCUGGAAUGGUAUACAACUUAAAUGAAUUCCUUGACUUGGGCAAUCUCUUGCUGCCUCUCAUCUGGAGGUUGUAUGGUCAGCUAAGAUGUUCAUUAUGACUGUUGAUCUUUCUGCUUUAUAUUUGUUUCACCUCAGAAUUGUGUGGGUUUUGUUUUGGCCAAUGUACAGUGUAUUAUCCCUUUGGCAGUCUUUACCGAUGCCAGUAAACUUAAUGAUGGUGGGCCAAGUGUUCAGUGGCGACAUGAAACACACUGUCAGAGUUCACAUGUGGCUGCUCAUCCGAUUUAUUACAUUUCAAGAUGGCCACAUCUACCACAUUGUACUCUGGUCACCUGAAUGGAUGGUUUUAGACAUGAUUGUGCAAUAUUGUUUGUCAUGAUCUUGCACAGAUGUCUGCAAUUUUUUUUUGUUUUGGUAAUAGGUUUUUUUAGAUGAAAUCCAAAUGAUAUGUAACAGCUUUAUAUCUGUUGGCCCAUGCAACUCAUUUAAAGUACUUUUUUUUUUUCAAUUUUUUGACAUCAGUCAAACAUUUGAUGAACAGUUCAUAAUCAAUAUGUAUUUCAAUCAUAUGUUGUUCAAAGCCACCUUUUGUGGGUUAAUUGUAAUUGCUAUCAGAAUGUGAGCACAAACAAUUGAUCAAUAAAAUCAUGAAAUCAGUGCUUA